CUGCUCGGAGGCGCCGGGAGAAUAAAGCCGGGUAGCCCGGGGGCGGAUUCAGAAGACAGCCUACCUGUUCUUCCUCCAUCUCUCCCUGGGCUGUGCACCCAGUCUAGACCUCCUUCACUCGCUCUGCUCAGAGCAGCCGCCCAGCUCCAUCGACGAUGCCUGCCAUGACAUCUGGAGAGCCCCUGCACGUGAAGAGCCCCCUUCGGGACAGCAUGACCUUGUCCAAAGAGGCGGGCACCUGCGUCUACCUCAAGUUGGACAGUGCCCAACCCGCGGGCUCCUUCAAGAUCCGGGGCAUCGGGCACCUCUGCAGGACGUGGGCUGAACGAGGCUGUGAGCACUUCGUCUGCUCCUCGGCUGGUAACGCAGGCAUGGCGACCGCGUACGCGGCCAGGAAGCUGGGCAUCCCUGCCACCAUCGUUGUGCCCAGUACCACGCCUGCCGUCACCAUCAAGCGGCUCAAGAACGAAGGCGCCAUGGUCAGGGUGGUGGGGGAGACACUGGACGAGGCCUUCGAGCUGGCCAAGGCCCUGGCGAAGAACAACCCAGGCUGGGUCUUCAUCCCUCCGUUCGACGACCCCCUCAUCUGGGAAGGCCACACUUCCAUCGUGAAGGAGCUGAAGGAGACAAUGGGCACGAAGCCGGGGGCCAUCGCGCUGUCCGUGGGUGGCGGCGGCCUGCUGUGCGGAGUGGUCCAGGGACUGCAGGAGGUGGGCUGGGGGGACGUGCCCGUCAUCGCCAUGGAGACCAUCGGUGCCCACAGCUUCCACGCCACCGCCACCGCAGGAAAGCUCGUCUCCCUGCCUCAGCUCACCAGCGUUGCCACGGCCCUGAGCGUGAAGACCGUGGCGGCUCAGACCCUGAAGCUGUUUCAGGAACACCCCAUCUUCUCUGAAGUGGUCUCGGACCAGGAGGCUGUGGCUGCCAUCGAGAAGUUUGUGGACGACGAGAAGAUCCUGGUGGAGCCAGCCUGCGGGGCGGCCCUGGCCGCGGUCUACAGCCACGUGGUGCAGAAGCUGCAGGGCGAGGGGAAGCUGCAGGCCCCCCUGCCCUCCCUGGUGGUCAUCGUCUGCGGGGGCAGCAACAUCAGCCUAGCCCAGCUGCAGGCUCUCAAGGAAGAGGUGGCCAAGAGAGAGAGGCUGUCCAAGUGAGGACCCGAGUGUCCCGGGGGCCCCGGAGGCCUCUGGAGGGGCUGGAGUUUUAUCCAGCGCCUGGGUGUAAAUAUAUCUCCCAGUCUGGUUUGCAGCCCGGCAGGAAGGCCCGCUUGUUGCCAGGAACCCACCGCGUGGUGGGGCCGGUGCUCCCAGAGCUGGGGCUUUAGCAGCCAGGGGGGCCCUGAAGGGGACCUCUCGUGUCCACGUGACCGCUCUGUCCUGAGCGUCCCUGCGAGGGUGACAAUCGCCCACAAGUAACUCGCCAGGUUCCCACAGAGGUGGGGCGGGAAGGGCGGGAAGGGCAGGGCCGGCUGGGGGAGGGCCCUCCUCCAAGCUUUCUCCCCACCCAGACUCUCUCAGGGUCAGGGCUCGGUCCAGGUUCCAGGAACCAUCCGGUCCCCUGGGAAGCCCGACCCCACCCUCAUGCACUUUUCGACUCUGUGAGCUUUUUCACGAAAUAAUAAAGUCUAUAUUUAUG